UGUCCAGUAGGCGGCGGUACUGCACCGUUAAGCCAGCAGAAGCACCGUCGCGUCGAUUUACGACACUUUCUGUCACUUUACGGCAGUGUUGUUGCCAGACGUAAAGCGGAACGCGUGGAGUCGGAGGAAGGUUAAAGUGGGCCCUACAAAACACGCAUCAUGCCGAUUAUAGACCUGCAGAAACGGCUUGGCAUCAACCUGGACAACUGGCUGCUGCUGCAGAGCGGAGAUCAGCCCUAUAAGAUGCCGGCGCGCUGCCAUGCCUUUGAGAAGGAGUGGGUCGAGUGUUCCCACGGCAUCGGGGUGACGCGUGCCAAGAAGGAGUGCCUGGUGGAGUUUGAGGACUUCUACGAGUGCAUGCACAGGCAGAAGACACACGCGAGGCUGUUCGCCAUCCGUGAGCGGCGUGACAAGAUGGUGAAGGAGGGGACCUACACGCCACCGCCCUGCCACUCGGGCAAGGCAGACCAGGCGCCAUGAGGGAGCACACAACUGUCUGCAGUUCUGUUCAUGUGUAUAGUAAAUCAGAUCCCGCUAUUCCCCGUUCUUCUGUACAACUUUGCAAAUAAAUGUUAUCAUCCACUGUC